ACAGAUUCAGACAGGUGAUUUUUGAGUCCAACGCAUGCGCCUAGCCAGGGCACCCUGCUAACCUCGUUCUGUUUUUAUCGGCGCGGCACCCCUUGGUCUGGAAAACAUCGCGCCCUCUCUUACCCUGACGUUCCGUUAGCAGGUGGGAGUAAAUCCACCGACUUCCGGCAAUAAUCCCGCCCUUUUCCAAGAAGUCCUACAACGCAUGCGUAGUCGGUGUGCCCCACGAAGAAGCAGUUAAUUUUUUUUUUCGUUAGCUGAUUCGCGCCGGGCGGGUGGACUCCCUCCCUCCCUUCCUUCCUUCCCCUCCCGGCGAUGUGGGCGCGCUUGGCGGCGGCGGCGCCAGUAGUAGGAGCAACAGCAGCAGCAGCAGCAGCGGGAGCAGUCGUGGCUCGGGUUCCUGCGUGGGGUUGAACGGCUGGCCCCCGUGGGGCGCGCCAAGAUGGCGUGUGUGCUGGAGACGCCGCUCCGCAUGAGUGUCCUGUCGGAGGUCACAGCUAGUAGUCGCCACUAUGUUGACAGAUUAUUUGAUCCUGAUCCCCAGAAGGUCCUGCAGGGUGUCAUAGAUAUGAAAAAUGCUGUAAUUGGAAACAACAAACAAAAAGCCAACUUGAUUGUUUUGGGAGCAGUUCCAAGGUUGCUGUACUUGCUUCAGCAAGAAACCUCGAGCACUGAACUGAAAACUGAAUGUGCCGUGGUGCUAGGAAGCCUUGCAAUGGGUACAGAAAACAAUGUUAAAUCUCUACUGGACUGCCAUAUCAUACCAGCCUUACUACAAGGAUUACUGUCACCAGAUCUUAAAUUUAUUGAAGCUUGCCUCAGGUGUCUUCGCACCAUUUUCACCAGCCCUGUAACUCCAGAAGAACUAUUGUACACGGAUGCUACAGUUAUUCCCCACCUCAUGACUCUGCUCAGUAGGUCUCGAUACACUCAAGAAUACAUAUGUCAGAUCUUCUCUCAUUGCUGCAAACUCCGACACUGGCAUAGCUGCGGCUUUAAAUCUUCGCCUCAGCCACUUCUAUGUGCCAAUGGACCAGACUACCAGACAGUCCUGUUCAGCCAUGGAGCAGUUCAGAAUAUUGCUCAUCUGUUAACGGCUACAUCUUAUAAGGUUCGAAUGCAAGCACUGAAAUGCUUUGCAGUUUUAGCCUUUGAAAACCCCCAGGUGUCAAUGACUCUUGUAAAUGUGUUGGUCAAUGGAGAAUUAUUACCACAGAUUUUUGUGAACAUGUUACAAAGAGACAAACCUAUUGAAAUGCAACUCACAUCAGCUAAAUGCCUUACUUACAUGUGCAGAGCUGGAGCAAUCCGCACUGAUGAUAUCUGCAUUGUAUUAAAGACCCUACCAUGUUUGGCAAGGAUGUGUAGUAAAGAGAGGCUACUCGAAGAGAGAGUUGAUGGAGCAGAAACUCUUGCCUAUUUGAUUGAAGCAGAUAUUGAGCUACAGAGAAUUGCCAGUAUUACUGACCACCUCAUUGCAAUGCUUGCGGACUACUUCAAAUACCCCAGUUCAGUGAGCGCCAUCACUGACAUUAAAAGGCUUGAUCAUGACUUAAAACAUGCUCAUGAACUGCGUCAGGCUGCAUUCAAGCUCUAUGCUGCACUUGGAGCAAAUGAUGAAGAUAUACGAAAAAAGAUAAUUGAAACUGAAAAUAUGAUGGAUCGGAUUGUGAAUGGCUUGUCUGAGUCUAGCAUCAAGGUGCGCUUAGCUGCAGUAAGAUGUUUGCACAGUUUGUCAAGAUCUGUGCAACAGCUCCGAACAAGUUUCCAAGAUCAUGCUGUAUGGAAACCCUUAAUGAAGGUAUUACAGAAUGCUCCUGAUGAAAUCUUAGUAGUAGCAUCUUCCACUCUAUGCAAUCUUCUCCUAGAAUUUUCUCCAAGCAAAGAGCCUAUUUUAGAAUCAGGAGCCAUAGAACUUCUCUGCAGUUUAACCCAGAGUGACAAUCUUGCCUUGCGGGUGAAUGGAGUUUGGGCUUUAAUGAAUAUGGCAUUUCAAGCAGAACAGAAGAUCAAAGCAGACAUUUUACGAGGCUUGAGUACAGAACAGUUAUUUCAAUUACUCUCUGAUUCUGAUGUAAAUGUACUAAUGAAAACUUUGGGAUUACUUAGAAACCUUUUGUCAACACGUCCACAUAUAGAUCAGAUAAUAAGUACUCACGGGAAACAAAUCAUGCAAGCAGUGACCCUCAUUCUGGAAGGAGAGCACAAUGUAGAAGUAAAAGAACAGACAUUAUGUAUACUUGCCAACAUAGCAGAUGGAACAACAGCAAAAGAACUCAUUAUGACAAAUGAUGAUAUCUUGCAAAAAAUAAAGUAUUACAUGAGCCAUUCAAAUGCUAAACUUCAACUAGCUGCAAUGUUUUGUGUAUCUAAUCUUAUAUGGAAUGAAGAAGAAGGUUCCCAAGACCGUCAGGAUAAACUCAGAGAUAUUGGAAUAGUAGAUAUUCUACACAAAUUGAGUCAGUCAUCAGAUCCAAAUCUUUGUGAUAAGGCAAAGACAGCACUCCAGCAGUAUCUUGCGUGAUCAAAGACAUGUUGGACUCUUGUACAACUCUCGAAGCUAUGUAAUAAGGAAUAACAGGAAAUAGCCGCACCUAAUUCCUUAUCUUUUGCACAAGGCACCUUGGGCUGCAUUUCUCUCAGGUGCAGGGAGCUGCUUGGCAGGAGCAGUUUAAGUGAUCAGGUCUCCAACGCACUUGAGAACUUUGCUAUGGUAGCUCCUUACGCAGAACGUUAUUCUGGGAAAGUUUUGUUGAGCUACCUGAACUCUAGAACAAUCAUCUUUUUUCUUUGGGCCUACAAUUUUCUGCUUCUACCAUGGCCUAUGUAAGGCUGUGUCUGGGUGGGUGUAAUACCUCAGAGCUUUUGUUUCCUUUUUGUGUUUUUUCUACAGAUUUUCAAGGAUUAACCAUUCUUUGCUGUAUGAAAACUUUAAAGAAUUAUAUACAAUUUGAAUUGAAAUGUUAUUUAAAAACCCGUUUUGUCCCAUGGAGUUUAUUUUGAUCAGAUGAAUGUUUUUAAGUAAAAUAUAUGCAUUUGUUAAACCUCAGCUUAAUGUACCUGUACUUCUCUGUUGAAACAAAAUGACAUUUAAAUGGCUGGUAGCACAUGUAAUGUGACUGUAGCUGGCCUCCUACUGCCAAGUGUUACUGGUGCCAGCUCCCUGGACUUGCAAUGGCAAAAUUGAAAGAAACCAAGAUGGAGCCUUCUUAGAUACACUUGUUAGAUGAUUCCAGGGUUGAACAUAUGGAAAUCGUAUCUGCUGGGCUUACCCAGCAAGAAGAGUAUAGUUCCCCAUGUCAGUGCCACUGCUGCCUCAGAAAAACUGCAUGUUAUAAAACUCUGCAUUGUUCUUACAUGACUUGAACCUGUGAUGAUGAAUUGUUUGAUUUUUUUAAAAUGGCUAUUUUUGUUUGGAACUACGCAGGAGUAAACAUGAAAGGAAAGACCCAUUGAAUAUCUGGGUACAAAUGAAACCCGAAACCCAUUUUUAUUGUUAUUCCAGAUGUGCAUGAUGGUGGAACUAAACAUAUUCUUGAACAGAAGAAAACAAGAUCAAUAUGAUUUGCCAUAUGCCUCAUGCUUCAUAAUUCACCAGUUACAUUUUCUGUGGAUGGAGCCCACAGAAGGGAUGGGUGUCAACAAAGAGUGCUCAUCAGAGGCUUAAUGUCUAAUCUCACAUACCAACUUUGGUCAUCCAAUUUUUUGUUUGUAAUAAAUAAGUACUCACCUGCUUAAGCACAUCACAUUUAUUAUAUUGAAGCAGAGAUUAGAGUUUGACUCUCUAGCUGGAACUGUUUAUGCGUUGAAGUGAGAUAGCAAAAUAAAACCAGAGCUUUCAUAUAAGGUAAUAAUGUAAUAUAUCUGAAAGGCAAGUAAUAAUGAUUCAGGGAUAGAAGUGAGUGAUGUCAUUUCUCAGUGUCAUUGCUACAAGUUUGUUGGGGUUGGGCUUCUGCGGGUCUGCACAUUGUGCCCACCUGCUCACUUAGUACCUCAGAAAUAAAGCCUUAGUUAAGUCAUUAAAGUGAUUGUAGCCUUCAUAAUACUGAGGAAAAAAAAUCACUUCCUGGUCAGCUGUGGUACACCCCGGGGAGAAAGGGAGGGCUUUGUCAGCUAGGCUGCUGCAUUUGCACUCUGGAUUGUUUAACAACACAUGCACUUCCAAAGUUGUUGUCAUGCCUCCAUCACCCAUAUGCAUAUCCAUUCACUUUAUUGAUAUGCCUAAAACUGUGUCAAAAAAACAAAAACAAAAAACAAAAAAAAAAACAGCUGAGAUGUGCAAAGUUUCAUCUUCAGGCUUGGAGGUCACCUUUUAAUGGAAUGGCCCUAUAUAUAUAGUAUAUAUAGAUAUACAGUAUAUAAAUGCAUUGUGUGUGUGUGUGUGAAUACACACACACACACAAAAGAAGGAUAUAAACUAUGCUAAGACAAUCUGGGUAAUAUUUGAGGAAAGCAUGAUGAAAUAGUAAGAUGGUAGGUGAUAAUGAAGUGACAUUUUGCACUCAGUGAAGCUUUGUGAAUACUUUUUUUGAUGUUGCUAUAAAUAUGUACAAAAUAGAAAAACACUGUAAAUAAAAAUGUCCUUUUACUGGA